CUGUGAACUAAUUUCGGAUAUCCUAUUUCGGAAAGGUUUCUUUCAUAGACAUCGGGAUAUCCGCCGGGUCAGCCGUAGUCUAAAUCAGCCGGGUGCUAAUUGUGUUUUUUGGUAAUCUCCUCAAGUUUCCUGGUCGUGUUCUGCUUUUCUUAUCUGUCUGUAUUCGUAACGAAAAAUUGCAGUACCACUUUCUCAGCUGUAGAAACAGCAAUUCCACAAUAUUUAUCGCACAUCUAAAGUGUUUCUAAGGUUCCAUACAGAUAGUUUCGUAACAAGGCGUUACCAUGUCAAAACCCUCAAUUAUUUUUAUUCCAGGCUCAUAUACUCUGCUAUCAGACUACCAACCGCUCUUCGAUGCCGUCUCCAAGGAAGGUUAUGAGAUAAACGGCAUCCAUCCGCCUACUGUAGGCUCGGGCAGGCGGCAAGGCAGAGAUGGUCUAGCGCCUUCAAUGUACGACGAUGCGGAAGCGAUCGCAGAGGAGGCUGAGAAACUUGCAAACCAAGGCAAAGACGUAAUUCUUAUGGGCCACUCCUACGCUGGUGUCCCGAUGUCCCAAAGCGUAAAGGGGCUGGGGAAAGAGCAGAGAAAGGCACUAGGCAAACCAGGAGGAAUCGUUCGUCUCGCUUACAUCGCCUGCCUUGUCCCUGCUAUUGGAAAUUCAGCCGAGUCCCUCUUGAGCAGAUUCCCUGAACCAAAAAGGCCUCGUUUGUCCAUCGAUCAAAAUGGCUGGAUGCUUUUGGAGGAUCCGGCAGCGACCGCUAGCAUAAUAUGUCAGGAAUUGCCUUCUAAGGAAGGUGAAGCUAUCAUUAGGGGUUUUGCAAAGCAUUCGGCGCAGAGCUUUGGCAAUGAAUUGACGUACGCUGGAUACAAACACGUUCCAGCGUCGUACUUGUUGUGCGAAGAGGAUUUGGCGGGUCCUCCUGAUUUUCAGAGACACAUGAUUGCUGUAGUCGAGGAAGCAAGUGGCCGAAAAGUUGAUGUCACUAGUAUCAAAGCUGGCCACUGCCCGCAUUUAACUGCUGAGAAGGAGACGAUUAAAUGGAUUCUGAGUGUCGCGGAGAAGACACAACAGAGCAAAUAGACUUGAAUGUUCAUUCCUAACCAAUGCUGUAUUCUACGAUUGGUCUUGGGUAACUAUUAUGUCAAUAUUUUUAGCACAUAGGGGGAAGCACUAUGGGUAUGGCCUAGUGGCUCAGAACACUAUGGAACGAGCGUAUUCCCUUGACUGGUGGCUCGAUUGUUUCUUGUUGGUCUUAGAGCUCUAUCUCAACAGUAAAGAAACGCGUCCCUUUCAUAUAAUUAUCGCUCCGAUAUUGUGUCUGUACAAAGAUAAUAAUUUAACCAGAACAAGGUACAUACGGCGGACUGCUGAGGCAUUUGCUCUUUUUAACUUUUUGUGGUACGUCUAGGGCCGAUUGAU